GCAUUUUGGGUCAGUAGCAUGCCCGUAGGAUGCACCGAGACCAACCUACAAUGUGGGCGUGUCUAGCAUCUGAAGUAGUAUCUGAAGUAGCAUGCUACUCGCUCCGGUGGCCAAUUCGGACAUGCUAGAUACUACUUUGACUACUACUUCGACUACUACUUGGCAAUUCGGACGCAGCUAGUAACAGCCUCUGUCUGCAAAUCUCCUGUUCCAUUACAGUCCAGGUGGUGGCGGUGGUGCACCUAAAGCUACUCUGCUCACCGCCAAUAAACCACAACAACAACAAAGAAGAAGAAGGAGGAGAAAAUAGGAAGCUGAAGGAAGAUGAAGGGGCCAGCUGAUGGUCUCAUUUUGACGGUAGGCCAAUUUCUAAAAUACGGAAAUAAUAGUGUUUCUACGUGUGUUAGAGAGCAAAGAGCGAGGAUUGGAGGCGCUGUAAUUCGGCGUUAUGUGUCAGGAGUUAUCGUCGCUUAUCGGUAGUGAAAUUAUUUCUGGUAUUUUAUUACAGACGUUUGUGUUAAAAGGAUAAAGAGUGACCUCCAUGACUGCUCAGCACUGUAUUUUAGUUCCCUGUGUGUAUCCAUUCAAUACCCAAGUCACACCGCUACCUUCGAUUAUUAUUUGACCCCGUGUUAGCACCCCACAGCCUCAAACCGGUGUAAAACUGAAUCAGCUUAGGUGUAAACAUAUCUUUGAAUCCAGACCCUUCCUCACGGCCUUCAUACAUGAAAACAGGCCCUGACACCUGGUGGUCCUUUAAAAAUAUCUCUGAGGGUAAAACUGGAAUCCACAUGGGAGAUAGUCCGACGACGCGACCCACCGAGUUUGUGGUUCUGAGGAAACACCAGGGGUGGAAACAGUUGUAACUCCAGUAGACUGUGGUAAAAGUCCAGGUACUUCAGUGAGACUUCAUCUUAGUCAAACUGCAGUCUGUGAGGAGGAAAAAGUACCUCAUUUAAAGUGUACUUAUCGGGCUGGGUACGAACUUUGAACCUGGGAAGAAGUGCCCUUCAAAUGAUGCAAAAGGUAAUAAAAGUAAUAAUAUACGUAACAGAGUAAUUAUAAUGUGAUUGACGCAUGACACUGAUGUGUAAAGUGCUUUUCAAGUUAAAAUGCACAAUUUUCAAACACAAUUUCCUUGAAUUAAGUUUCUUGAAUUAAGAUGUUUUCGUUCAUCCAUGAAACUCAUCCAGGGAAUUUGAGCUUUAAAUGUCUUUCGCUAGAUUUAAAUUUGGCCGGUCAGGUCACUGUGGCUCUAAGCUGCUGUAUAGAGCUGUUGUUCACACAUGCUCCUCCCAUGGACUCCGUAAUACUCUUUUUUUUCUUGCCCUGCAUGUGUAAAUUUAUUGUCCUUUUAAGAUUGAAAUCUUAAGAUUGGUUUCCUGUUCUACGACGCGGGUUCACUUCUUAGCGAGGCGAGUCUCCAUGGCAACAUACGCUGAACGGCUAACCUGCUCCGGGGCAGGUUAGGUUCCAGAUUGAACUCAUGGAGUAUAAGAACCCCGCCCACUGACCAAUGAGCUCUCUCGAAAAAUGGCUUGUCCGUUCUUGGAGGAUCCUGUAGACCUUGGUGCUUUUGUUGUCCGAGGAGCACUCUGGCACGCGAGAGUUUUCAGGGACUGCACGGACCCACUUACUUCUCCAGAUGACCACCUUUAUGAAAGGCUCAUAUGGCCGACAUAUCACACAAAAAAUGUAAACACGAUAGGAAUGAACAAAUGAAUGAAUUCAUCUUGGAAAUGAAUGGGCAUGGGCUGCGUGAUCACAGACAACAUCUCGGUACUAUUUAGUAGCAGCGCACGCUCCUUGUAAUAACCCCCGUAAAAACUGUUGUUCAGGACUGCUUACUUGUGCUUCCUACCUACUGUAAAAACUGUUGUUCUAGCCCACAUGCAACAUUUUUGUUCUCAUUCAUGAAACGCUUAAAUCGGGGACAUUUUCGGGGACAGCUUUAGCCGGGGACAGAUCAUCCAAUUCGGGGACUGUCCCCGGAAAUCGGGGACGUCUGGUCACCUUGGUUAAAAGCGCAUGUUGAACAGUGCUAUUUCAGGGUGAUAAUGGCAUCAAAGAUUAAUUUUCUGCCAGCAUUCCCUCCGUGCAGCUGCAACGGUGUUGCUUUUUAGGUUUAUGAUAGAUUUGAAUUCUUCAUACUUUCUCAUGAUCGUCUCCUGCUCCUUGUUUGUAAAGUACGCGGUCCUUCGCUCUCCGGCCAGCUCUGACGCUCUAGGCUGGUCCAUGUUUGUGAUUGGUCAGAUGUGGCGGGCUCCGCCUUAAAUGCAUGCACGCGCCCAUAGCAAAGCUGGAUCCACUUACGAGGUUGAUAACCAGCGUCGUAAACCGUUUAGCGAGACCGCUGGCUACCGCGCUAAGUUGAGCGAGGUAGCUCCAAGGCUUCCCCGCUAGGUUGAACUUACUUCGUAGAACAGGCCCCUGGUCUCAUACUCGCUCCCUCAGUGUUUUCAAUCAUCCAAAAUCUCUAUAUGGACAUUUUUCAGGCUGGUAGCUGAUGGUUUUGUUUGGUCCUGAAGGUCAUACAGAGGCAUUAGAAUUAGUAACAUUUUUAAAACUGUUUACAGUUCCUUUAAGACUUAAUGAGUUAUUCUGACUAGACGACACAUUCACUUGGUGAGAGUUCUCUUUGUUUUGGUCCAGUCAGCUCCAGUCAUGCAAUCCUUCAACUGAAGGAAAGCUUACAUUUUUGUAAUAAAUAUAUAUUUUUAAUCUCGUAACUAAUACUAUGUAAUAAGUAUCAAAGUACACUACUAACCAGAGAAAUACACCAUUUAAAGUUCUGAUCAGAAAUCUUCCACAAAAAGGAUACACACUGCUCAGUUACUGCAACAUGAACAUAUGAGUAACUUUACAUCCCUCGGUCAUGUCUGAUAUUUUUUGGAAAAAAGUUUGACAGAUAAAAGUUACUCUGAGGUUAUUCAUGAACACCUACAUAACACAACUAAAUUUACAAUAUGUAAUGAAUAUCAGAUCACACUGACAAAAAUUGAGGCUUAUUCAAGAACAUUUCUGUGCAGCGCUAAAUGUCUUUAUAGAGAGAAAACUCAAAUGCCGCAGCUACAUAUCUUCAUUUUUAUAAUUGGCUUUUGUAAAUAAAUAGCAGCUCAUAAUAAAUAAUAUGGAGUACUGUGAUAAAUAAAAUAAAGUGACUGUGUUCCUCUGCGGUCAUAGAUUUCAGGAUUAUUAAAUACGUACAAUCUGGGAGUGAACCAUUAAAGUGACCAUUAGCAUAUCAGGGAGAAAUUAAAGACAAAGACAGAAACAAAAGAAAAUGGAAGGGUCACAGGUUUUCAAAUCAAUCAAUCUAUCAAAUUUUAUAGGGUUUUCAGUUUCCUUUGAAUUUUCUUCUGGGAUUAAUAAAGUGUCUAUCUAUUAUGACUAGCAACUCAAAAGCAUCUGUUCUCAAGGGCUUCAUAUAUUAAACCCACUUUGUUCAGAGUUUGACAAGCACAUCUUUCUUUCUGUACAUUAGUCCACUCCUGUAUUCUGUGGGGUUCAGGAAGGAACCAAUGGCCUGUUUUACAAGCAGAAAUCAAAAUGCUGAGUAGAUAUUUAUAAGCCAACCAUACCUGAGGACAAUGCUGUAAACUGCAGAGGCAUUGAGGCAGCUCAGUUUGACGUCAAGGUUUAUGGAACUCUGCCCAAAAUAGUCUGAGCACUGGGUGCUCUCAGCGUAUAUGCCAGCAGUUUGAACUGGUACAUUUCCACCAGACUCUACAUACAUCUAACCAAACUGUGUCUAAUAUAAAAAAAAUUACCCCCUGUCUCCCAUUUUUCACUGAUCAAGAUUGAUGUCUCUCAUCAAGUUUUUAGAUACCACCCUCAUUUGACUCUUUUAUGCCUUAAACCAGAUCAUCAGUCUGUUUUGUGUCCACUGUUUUGUUCAAAGUGGCUGCCUACAUAGAGAUACAGUACCUUGAAAAAGUAUUCAACCCCUUGAACUUUUCACAUUUUGUCACUCUACAACCACAAACUUAAAAGGUAUUUAUUGAGAUUUUCUGCCAUAGACCAACACAAAAUAGCACAUAAUUGUGGAGUGGAACGAAAAUGAUACAUGGUUUUCAAAAUUUAAACAAAUACGAAUCUGAAAAUACCCCCGUGUUAAUACUUUGCAGAGCCACUUCGCUAAAAUUACAGCUGCAAGUCUUUUGGGGUAUGUCUCUACAAGCUUUGUAGCCUGGCCGGGCCAUCCUGUUGCAUGAAUCACUUGACGUUCCUUCCCACCACAUUCUGGACUUCGGCCCAUUGGAAGCCUUGAAAGUGGGCGGGAGUACGUUCCUUGCUGGACAGACUAUUGUAACCAAUCACCGUAACCAAGCAUCUAACAUCAUCACAGAUGCUUGGUUACAGUGAUUGGUUACAAUAGUACAUGGACCAAUCAGGGGCUGCCUUUCCUUGUUGUCCGGGUAACAGUGAAAACACGGUCUCUGAUUGGCCCGGUUAUUUUCUGAUCGGGCAUACACACUCCCAAUGGGCCGAAGUCCAGACUGUUGUGGGAAGGAACGUCAAGUGAUUCACGCAACAGGAUGGCCCGGCCAGGCUACAGGCUUUGCACAUCUAGAGAUUGAAAUUUUUGCCCAUUCUUCUUUCAAGCUCAAGCUCAGAUGAUAAAUACCAGAUUUUUACUGCAUCUGUAAAAAUCUGAUUUUUCAAAACCAUAUUUUCUUUCCAAGUACUCAAAGUCCUUUAAUGUCUAUGUAUUAAAAAAGUUUUGAAUACAUAUUGAUGUCUGAAAUCAGCUGAUGUUGUCUGUCUAUCUUCAGACUUCCAGUAGAUUCAAUGCUACAUCUAAGGACCCCUGCAGAAGAAGGACAUAACAGUGAAAUUUACCAGCUCAGACAGGCAGUGUCAGAAAACAAUGACAGACUCCUUCAGGAGAUGCUUUGUCAAGAAAUCUACAAGAAAGUUAUCAACUGCAGAGGAGGCUGGGGGAUUGCAGGCACACCUCUCCAUGCUGCUGUGUCCAAAGGCCAUCUCAGCUGUCUGCAGGUCCUGCUCGCCCAUGGAGCCCAGGUGGACUGUGUUGAUGUCAAGGCUCAGACUCCUCUCUUUGCAGCUGUCCGUGGGAAAUACCUCGAGUGUGUAGUAGCACUCCUGGGAGCUGGUGCCAACCCCAACGGGAACUCCUCCAACAACUGUUCCCCUGUCCUCACAGCUGCUCGGGAGGGUGAUGUGACGAUCCUGAAGGAACUGCUGAAACAUGGUGCUGAGGUGAACUCUCGCUCUAAAGUCUUACUCUGGACGUCCAGUGCCAGAGUGUCCAGCGGCCCGCUGUACCUCGCUGCAGUUUAUGGACAUAUGGAGUGUUUUAGACUCCUGUUGCUCUAUGGAGCCGACCCAGAUUACAACUGCACAAAUGCAAAACUUCUGAGCUCUAUCAAGCAACCCAAAACUGUGCUGGAGAUGUGCCUCAGGCAUGGCUGCAGCGUGGAGUACAUCCAGCUUUUGAUAGACUUUGGAGCUAACGUCUACCUCCCUACACUGAUUAUUGAGAAGUCAACAAAGCAGAAUGAGGCUGUAGAGCUGCUUCUGCAUGAAAGAGGUACAGAGUCACACUUGCAGAGUCACAGAGCUUCUGGGGGGGAGCACAUGUAAAGUCAUGAAAAAGAAGGAUUAAACAGACUCAUGAGUGUGUCUACAGGUUUACUAUGUCCAGAUUUGAAUCCCUCAAUAUGGAGUCUUACACUGUUCUCUAGACUAUAACCCGUGUGGCUCGAAAGGUUCCCUGAAUAUACUGAGGGACUCGGGCCUUAAUUGAAAUCUAUACAUCUAUACAACUCACUGUGUUCUGAGAUGUAAGUGGAAAUAAGGCCAUAUAAUAAUCGGACAGAAGCUCUGAAUAGCUGCACAUGCCUGACCCUCAUUAACCUUAGUAAAUAUCACUUCUUUGAAGUGACAGUACUACUGUAUGGUUAUUUUUAGCGCACUAUUUAUUUUUGUAUUUUAAAAAGACGAUGAUCACCAGUACCAUUAUUUUUGCAUCAGCCCUAGUUUCUGAAUCAGGUGGAAGGUUUCUUUGAGCAGUCUUGUUAUACUCAAAGGCUCAGUCACUUUUAGCAGCUCUUAAGUCCAGGGGUAUAGGAGGAUCAGACAAUUCAACUCUUUAUUGUGGAGAUAAAGUUUGUAUUCAAUAAGGUGGUUCACUACAAGGCAAUCUGUACCAUACUUAGAUUGAAAUCCUACAGUCCAGUUUGUUUGGUCACUGUAAGUGCUCUGUACCAUGUGUGGGUAAGGUAUACUCCCACAUCUCUAGGCACAGUUAGAAAAAGUGGACUAAAGAUAAAACAGAAGACCUUAUACCUAAAAAAAAAAGAAAAAAACACCAAAAAAGUCUACUUUACUUGAAAAAAAAAAAGAAGCAUCCCGUCCUGUUGAAUCCAAGACCAAGAGAAGUUAAAAAUUGAAUCUCAAAGGAAAGGUCUAAAGAGCAAACUCAGUAAACAGAUGACUCUCGCACUGACAGAACUAGAGAGAUUAACACAACUGGACCCAGCAUCAAGCCAGACUUAGUUUUCAUGUGUCCUUUAAUGUCAUUUAAGUAAAAAAUGAAAAUUACAUAACAAUGUCUUGUGUCUCUAGGAACUCCAAAGGCCUUGACCUCUCAGUGCCGACUCGCUGUCAGAAGACACCUUAAGAAAAUCAGAAAGAUCCACUGCAUCGACCAGCUGGACAUGCCAAAAAGUCUCAUCAACUUCCUGCAACACAAGCCUGUCUCAGUCACUGUGAUUUAGUUUGAGUCAACUCAUUUUAUCUGACCUUUUCUUUUAUGUGUAGAUGCUGGGUGACCUUUGUCUUUUUUUAAUUUCAUAUCUUGUCUGUUCUGCUAAAACUGCAAUAAAGCAUUUAACAUGUG